CCAAUAUGAAAAGACGCAUUUGAUUAUUGCUAGCAGAUGCCACUUCUCUUGUUUGGUCGCGGCAGCUUCGAAUUUCAAACACUCGCGCCCAACUGCAGCUUGGGAUACAUGAGCAAAAGCCACCGCAGCCGAACAAGUGAACUCAAUCGGUUCUCCGAUUCUCCCAAUCCAGGUUUAGCAAUGAAGAACGAAGGGAAGAAGAGAAACAGGGUCACCAAUUCUAAGAAGAAACGCCAGUUGGGGGUCAAAGAAGGAGAAGAAGAGGCAGAGAAACGAGCAAUAGAUGACAUCGAGGAUUUGUUCAGCGGAGAAGAGACACAGAAGAUCAGGGCAUCGUUGUUGGAGUGGUACGACAAGAACCGGAGGGACCUUCCUUGGAGAAGAACGAAGGGGGAUGGCAUCGAAGGUGGGGGUGGAGAAGAAAAGGAAAGGAGGGCAUAUGGGGUGUGGGUAUCCGAGGUGAUGCUGCAACAGACUAGGGUUCAGACUGUAAUAGACUACUACAACCGUUGGAUGCAGAGGUGGCCCACCCUUCAAGACCUUGCCCAGGCUUCGCUUGAGGAGGUGAAUGAGAUGUGGGCAGGGUUGGGAUACUAUAGAAGGGCUCGGUUUCUUUUGGAGGGAACCAAGAUGAUUGUUUCUGGGUGGAGUGAAUUUCCAUGUACUGUUUCUGCACUGAGGAAGGUUCCUGGAAUAGGUGAUUAUACAGCUGGAGCAAUUGCUUCUAUAGCAUUUAAUGAGGUAGUGCCAGUAGUUGAUGGGAAUGUAAUAAGGGUGCUUGCUAGAUUGAAGGCUAUUUCUGAAAAUCCAAAAGACAAACUUACUAUUAAGAACUUUUGGAAACUUGCAGCUCAACUUGUUGAUCCUUCUCAGCCUGGGGAUUUCAACCAGUCUCUUAUGGAACUGGGUGCAACCUUAUGCACUCCAUUGAACCCAAGCUGCUCUUCAUGUCCUGUUUCAGACCAGUGUCGUGCAUUUUCAGUUUCUAAACAUGAUGACUCUGUUAAGGUGACAGAUUAUCCAAUGAAGGUCUUAAAGCCUAAACAAAGAUGUGAUUUUUCUACUGUUUCAGUUGUGGAGAUAUUUGGAGGCCAAGAUAUAUCAAAGCAAAACCAAUCUGACAGCAAAUUCCUUCUCAUCAAGAGGCCAGAUGCAGGUUUGCUUGCUGGUCUUUGGGAGUUCCCUUCCGUCACAUUGGAUGAAGAACCUGACUUACCAGUGAGGAGAAAGAAUAUUGAUCUCCUCCUGAAGAAAUCAUUCAAACUUAACCCCCCAAAAAACUGUAGCAUAAUCUCAAGGGAAUAUGUCGGAGAAUUUUUUCAUGCUUUCACUCACAUCCGUCGUAAGAUUUAUGUGGAGUUGUUGGUCUUACGUCUUAAUGAACAAAUGCAUGACCUCUUUAGAGAGCAGGACAAAGAAAAUAUGCCCUGGAAGUGUGUGGACGGUGAGGCCCUUUCUAGUAUGGGACUGACAUCUGCAGUAAGAAAGGUAUAUUCUAUGGUUGAGAAAUUUAAGCAUAAAAGUUUGUCCGCAGAGUCUAUGCCAUUAAGAAAAAGAGCUAACCUGAAGCGGGAGUGUUCCUAAUCAUAUUUGGUUGGAGUUAAUGAGAAAUGUUUCGCCAAUUGCCUUCCAUUCUGUCCAGCCAGCUACAGACUGGUUAGGUAAUCAGUUCAUGCACAUUAUCAUCAGUGAAUACUGGGCUCUUCAUUCUUCACUCUAGGUUUGUCCUGUCACUCCUGUGCAUUAAUUUUUGAAGUUGUAAAAAUGUUAAUAUGUCCAUAAUGCUCCAAAUUGGUUUGAGUUACCAUGGCAAUACCUUCCAGUUCCUUCUAGGUGGAAUUCACUGUAACUUACUGAUAAUUAAUUUUGAUGAUAGAAGCCCUGUUUGCUGUUUGUGUUCCCAUGGUUUAGCAUGAUGGCAGCACAAGGCACUUGCAGUUUUGUUGUAGUUUUGAAGUGAUUUUGUUAGUUGUAGAUUAUAACUUAUUAGCAAAGCAAAACAAGUAAUCAUGGCCUCUGUCACCUAGUUUGAAAGUAUCACCUUCGUAUAUCAUUUUUUGUUUUUCAGGAGGGGUUGAUUAACUAAUUCAGGAUUGACUGUAACGGCAUAUAGUUCUCAUGUGUAGGCUAUCUGUAAGUGUAGUGGACCUACUGGUGGCAUGUUGGGGUAACCUCUUCUCCAAACCUUCUGUUACAAAAAGAAAAAACUGAUUUAGGAUUGUAAUUGCAGUCUUAUGAGCGUUGAGUGUCUGAAAUCAGCAACUGCAGCUAGCAUUACCCUAUACUUUAAAUUUGGUGAGGGAGAGUAGAAGAGACCAAAACACAUCCUAUUAGAUCAUUUCUGGUUUGGAUAGAGUGCUACUAAUUAUACAAAAGUACUUUCACCAAUUUUCUUCUAGGGAAUAACUAGGAUUGUGAGCUAUUAUCUACUUCAUCUUGAAGUGAAUUACAAGUAGAAAAUAAUCACCACUCUCUUUACAAUAUACUUUAUUUUUAUGG